AUCCAACACCGCAGCUCUCACAGCACGCAGCUGAACACUGCGCAGCUCUCAAAGUACGCACCUCUCACAGCACGCGCCUCUGCCAGUACGUAAGCUCAUUCCAAACACCCAUUGACCCCACAAAGUCAUGUCGUCGUCUUCAGAAAGUAUAGAAACUCACACAAAGUCAGACGGUUCACUGCGCAUUGGCAUUCCUAAGUCGUCUGCCAUCCAAGAUCAGGGAAAACAUGCAGGUGACUUAGAAAAUGCAGCGCCACAAUGUAUUGGAGGCAACAGCGUGGUCCCGUUGAAUAAAACCUUCCUCCUGGCUGGGCCUCUUCACGCGCAGUCUUCUUCAAAGGGCAUCACUGUGAUGCACGAAGACGGCAUCGCUGGAGAAUCACAUCCCUUCGGACAGAGUCAGUAUCAUGAAAGGGGGAGGCCCUCGGAUUUUGGCUGCAGUCAUGAACAGCCGAUUGCAAACUAUUUAUCGUCGAUAUAUGAUAACGACUCGAUCCCAAGUAAGGACGUCAUGACAGAGACAGAAUCGUCGGCGAAUCAGACCGACUCACGGGCGAGGGAGGGGGCUAAACAAAUGGUUCACGGUGGAGCGCCUUCUCUUGUAACUUCCCAGACUAUUAAAGUUCACGGAAAGGCAAGUCAGUCGCAAGCCCGGGAAACGCGAGUCGGGAUCGGCAUUGCUUUAAAGAAAGCCCGUUUUCAAUUUUCGUCUGGCAAGGACAUCAUCCCAGAAAAUUCUUCUUUUUGUUCUGAUGAAAACCGUGCAAUACAUUUGAAAGAUGAGAAGGUCGAUAAUGUUGACAAUCCAGAUGAUGUAUACAUUGACUUAAAAACUGGAAGUAAGGUGAAGGCCGCCUUAUGCCCAACGUAUGAUGAUGCGAAUUUGAGAAAAUACGAGUUUGUAACGAAUGAGACUGGGAAAAGUAGUUACAGAAAACACGAAGGUUGUGGGAAGAUGGAAGUGAUGAUCGGUGUGGUGUUAGCUCUGCUCGUCUCGAUGACGUUCCUGAUUGGGACAGUCGUUCAGCUGCAGAUGAGGAUCAGUGCCAUGGAGAAAAUAAUGGCCAAUAUUGAAUUGAACAAGGUUAGUGAUGUGAGUAUUCUAAUGAUUUGAAUCCUUAAUAAGAAAGAGGGUGGUGAAGUAUUCUAUGGUUUUUUCGUUUGUUUUAAAUUUAUUUUAAUUAUUUGUUUUGUUUAUUAUUCUUUUUGGUGGGAUGCAUAGAGAAAAAAUUGUAAUAAUUUGUAGAUCAAUAUAUAGUGAUCCCUCGACUAUCGCGGUUAUAAGGUUCAAGACCCCAGACCCCCACACACUAACGCGUAAAUUAGCGACCUUCUUUUUAAUUUAUUUUUCGUAUAUAUUUUAAGCCUUUAUAAACCCACCCCACAUUCUUAAAAACAUUUCCCCUUAUUUGUAUGGACAUUUCCGACACUCUUAUAAAAACACUCUUAAACCUCCGUAAUUUUUACAAUAUAUGAAAUACUACUUUUUUUUCGAUUUAAUAUUCUUUGAAUGUUUUAAAUAAUAUUUUACCAUUUUUUAAUAAUUUUUUUUCAAUUAUGUAUUCAUUUUUGUUGGUGUUGUUGUUGCUAGAAAAUGGUUAUUGUUCCGAAAAAAUAAAAACAACCAAUUAUAGCCCGCCAAACAUUGGCGACAGCAAUGCGUGAACUUCCCAUCUACUGAAAUUAAUUGACAAAACAUGAACUCAAAUAACGAACAUUUUUUUUUUUAAACAAUUUUUGCUACACCCCUUCCCCCCUGAUACGUCACUGCACACUUUUUAUUUCACGCCCAUGUACUAAAUUAAUCUUCUGAUGUCCCCACCACUUUUAAACCGAGUAUUGAUCACAUCAUAUUUAAAUUAAGACGAUUUCAUUUUACCAAAAGAAAAAAUGACGCACCUAACGCAGUUGCGUUAUUUUUUUUUUUUUUAAGUCAUUUAGCGUAGUUAUCGGGAAUUACUUUUGGAUGCGGCUAGUCGGACCCGGGUCCGAGAAGUGAGAGUUUGGGUUUAUGAAAAAAUAUUUUAAAAUUAUUGUAGGGUUUCUAAGACAAAAUUUGGUAUCAAAUGGAAGAUAAUUGAAUGGACUAUAUGUUUGUAAACUUACUUCUUAAGUUUAACUUAAAUAAACUACCACUCACUAAUGACACAAUCUUGGCCCACCUCGGGCGGCACUAACCCUAGUUACGCCCCUGCUAACUAAAAGCUUUUUUUUUUUUUUUUUAAACAAAAGUUCGCGUUUUGCGCUUGCUCAACCGACAAGCUUGACAGCAAGGGUUUUAUCAUAGGGUUUUAUCACAUACUCGCAGCGCUUGACAGCAAGGGUUUUAUCACAUACUCGCAGCGCUUGACAGCAAGGGUUUUAUCACAUACUCGCAGCGCUUGACAGCAAGGGUUUUAUCACAUACUCGCAGCGCUUGACAGCAAGGGUUUUAUCACAUACUCGCACGCGCUGAAGUUGAUGCUCGUUGACUCCAAAUGUUGUAUAACUCGUCGCGUACUUGAAGUAAAGAACCGCUGUCCAGUGGGUCCCCCUGUCCCCUAUCUGAGACCACCAUCUUGUGAUCACAAUCCAUUCUCUUAAAAUUGCUGUGCCAAAGAAGGUGUCGCUCUCUCUCUCUCUCUCUCUCUCUGAGAGUACAGCAGAUUCUUCACAUGUUAGGAUCCAUCAGCCUCAAUUCUGGCCACGUUGUCCUCUUGCCGACGACUACGAAUGUGCCACGGAUAUCUCAAGAAAACGCUGUUGGGCUUCGAGUGGUGACUUGAGUACGUGCCCACAUUCAAAUAGAAUAUUCUUAGCACGCAUGCCUUGGAGAGCAGUUUGGUCUUUCCUUUGAGCUCGGCUUUGUUCCAUGCACUCUUGUUCCACUAUGAACAUAGAUACUGCUGCUCUAUCGAUCCUUUCGUUAAAAUCUUUAUCAAUAAAGGGGAUAUGCCCCUAUAAUGACGUUGGUUGGAAUGAAGUAUCCCUUGUGAUAAGACAAUGUUCGAUUUUCAAAAUAAUGAUCCGUUCAAACUCUUUACAGGCGAGAGAAAAACGACUAAAAAUGGUUUAGUCUAUUUUUUUUAAAAAAUUAAUAUAUAUAUAUAUAUAUAUACGGUAUAUAUAUUUAUCUUUUCCCCCGCUAGCAUGUGCUCUGAAAAAGAAAAUAAUAAUAAAUGGGGGUGGGUGCUGCAAUCAGGUUAGGCAGAACGAAAUAUGUGGGUGGGGGGGGGAGGNAGCAUGAAACCACCUGAACGAUGCCACUGUGAACUCGACAUCGGUCGAAAGUUUCAAGGCUGCCCUGGCAUCAGCUAGGAGCUGUUAGAAUAGCAACAUCAUAUCCCCAACCGUUGCAAAGAUGCCAGUACAUGGAUGAAGCUACGAAACAUUACCAGAACCAGAACCAGAAAAAAAGACGUAACAAACAAACAAACGUGUUGGCAUGAAGCCUUCUUCGGAGAACAAACAAUGAGUGACACAAAUAUAUUAACGAACAUAAAAAAACAGACAAAAUACACCCAGCUGAAAUGUAGUUUCCGAGAGAGGACAAGCAGAGGAAUGAAACGCUACCACGUUCUUUGUUCUGCUGUAUCCUGUUUUCAGCUGUUCCCCAUACCUUGCUUCAAAUAUUUCCUGAAAAAGAAACGUUUUGAACCCUGGUUGAAGAAUAUAAUCUAAUAUACAUGACUGUAUUUUAAAUAACGCGACUCUCAGUUUGCAAUUUUAAAAAUAAAUAAAUAAAUAAAUAAAUAAGAUUCCCUAUUGUCAUUCACUGUCGAGCCAUUUAAUCAAAAUUAGGGGAAUCGUAUUUUUUGUAUUUUCAGAUUGCAGAAAAUUCAGGUCUGCAGAAUUUCCUCAGCGAUAAUGGAGAACUAUUUUUAAAGACUUUAUUUUACUUCAACAUUAAUGAUGACUGGGAUGACGGUCAGAAGCAGAAGUCAAAUAAUGAACAGAAGGGUCACAUUUUGUCUCGUCAUACCC